AUGGCCAUAACAGAAGCAGGAUGCAGUAUCGUCAAACCAGGCAUCGAUGUCAUGGAUGAGAGCACACCCGAGGGCCAGAUUUUGCUUAAGAUCUGGAAGGGCGUCACAAGCCACCCAACGGGUCCUUUCAGGGUGUUCUGGGGUACUGAAGUCGAAAAUCCCGCCAACCUGUGGGGUUUCUUUGACUUUGUCUCCGUAGAAGAGCACCAGAAGUUUGCUGAUGAAAUUGCCAAAGACAUUGUCACGGACUUCCCUAAGAUCCUCGGCGGUCACCAUUUCACAAAGCACUUCAACCUGACCCCCUACCCACACACCGCCCUGAGGGCCCCCGUGACCGAGAUCCUGCUGAUCUGGUUUCCUUCGGACGCCUCGCAGGAGGUCAGGGACGCGGCCACGACGCGGUUGCAGAAGUUCGCCGACGCCAUCGGCGGGUAUGCGGAUAUCAAAGCCAUCAACUUUGGUUGGGGCGUCGAGAACGACUUUCCAGUCCGUGACGGGGAGGAAGGGCAGAAGGGAAGCGUCCUGACUGCCCAGGUUGGCUGGUCGAGCAUUGAAGCUCACAUUCAAUUCCGUGAGACUGACACAUUCAAGGACAACAUACACUUGCUCAGGGAAAUUGGGGGCAAGAUCAAGAUGACCAUGUUCCACGUCAAGGCCCGUGUUCUGGAAAAUGAGACCAGGAAGGAGUAG